AUGAAAAUGCAAUUCAAUCAGAUGUUAGGGCUCGCUCCUUGGGCCUUACUCUGCCUCUUGACACAGGUUGUCGAGGCGUGCCCAAGUGCUCCCCGUUCGGUUUCUGCGCCUAUUGUCAAGUCUGGAUUUCCACUCCAAAAUCUUCCCCCUCGUGCUAUCAAGUCACGCGCGGCCGGAAAUGGCUCUUGCAAACUCAAGCCGACUUCAGUGGAUCUCAGCGAGGGUAUCGGUGCUACAGAGCAGACUUUUGCCCCAAGCACGGGCACCCUCAACGCCCUUAUGAUUUUCGUCGACUUCCCUGAUGCACCGGCCUCAGACACCACCAUGGAAUUAUACCAGCUCUUUGUUCCCGGUGCACCAGACUGGUACACCAAUACCUCCUUUGGUCAACUUACUCUCGACGUCACCGCCGACACAACUCGCUUCUAUCGCAUGCCUAAAUCGUCCGCCUCAUACUCCUACGACAGGGCGAUUACCUCAGAGCUUCUGGGAAAAUACAUCCAGGACGCGCUCGACUCAGUCGGCAGGGCCAUCAGCUUCGCCGGCACCGAUGUUCUGUAUAUCGUCCCGACCAAGGCAGCAAAGCACAUCUCGUUUUCGCCUACCUUCAUGGGCCAACUGACGGCGGGGGAUGGGACUGUUAUCAAUAAAACGGUCACCUUUGGCCAAGACGCUCCUGACUCAUGGGGCUUCCUGGUCAUGAACCACGAGACAGGACACACAAUGGGUUUACCAGAUCUGUAUCCCUCAGGUAGUUCUAGCAGCAGCACUACCAUGUAUGUUGGCGGGCAUGACAUUAUGGCUUUGAUUAGCGGGGGGCUUCCAGAUUACUUUGCAUGGCAUAAGUGGAAGCUGGGAUGGUUUUCCGACAACCAGUUCGAUUGUGUGGACGGUGCUGGAUCGACAACCCACACAAUUACCCCCGUUGGAACCAAGGAGGGCGUUAAGGGAGUCGUCGUGAAGCGGGAUGAGACUACUGCUAUUGUCGCCGAAGUGAGAGCCAAGAGUGGCGCGGAUACAAAGGCUUGCAGUACAGGAGUCCUUGUCUAUACGGUAUCGACAUCCACGGCUUCGGGCCAAGGCCCUAUUCGCGUUUAUGAUGCGACCCCAGGUUCUGGGGGGUGUGAUGGGGAGGAACUCAAUGAUGCCCAUUUCACAACCGAGACGGGCCGGAACACUUUUGUUUCGGAAGAUGGAGUCAAAAUUACUGUGGUUGGGCAGAAAGGAGAUGAGUAUACCGUUACAGUCGAGGUGGUGUGA